UCACAGAUUAAAUUAUUUUAAAUCAGUGCUUCUUGUUUUCCCCAAAAUUAGCUGAUUCUCUGGGAUACAAAAGGUGAAUGUAGUAACAGGCAAACUCAUUAUAAAAUAUAGAUUCCAUGUAUCUCACUAAAUAAGUUCAGCUUGAAGCCUUUAUGUUAACAAAAUUCUAUGAUCAUUCCUCACUUUUGUCUUGACAUUAUCCUGAUAAUAAUCAAGUCCUGUCAACCUCUGAACUUCAGUUUCCUUAUCUGUAAAACCCCUUUCAUUUCCUCUCUAGUUCUAAUUAUCUGUGAUUCUAAUACUAUUUGCCUUACUCCUAGAUUCAAUGUAGGCUCACACUGUAAAUUGCUUGAUACAAAACAAGAUAUCUAUUCAUUCACCUGUAUUACUAUUUGCACUUUAAAGUAGCAAAAUGUGAAAAUAUCAUUUCAAAGAUAGUCCCCCUUUAGACCAUGUAGUACAGAACAUCAUAAACUUUUGCAUCAUCACAAAGUCCUCACAUUCUUAGAAAAGAACAUAUGUAACUAUUAUUAACUGAAUUGAAAGUGUCUAAAAAUAUGUCUCCUGUGAUUGGAUUAUGCAAAGGAGAAAUAGAGUUCUUCGAAGUUUCACUGCUAAGUGUGUGGGGAAACUGAGAUAUCUUCUUGAUUUGUGCCCAUGAUUAUUCGGGUUCAUGCACUGUAAUGAAAUAACUUUUUAAACUAUGCCAUUUAAUGUAAUAACGAAGUUUGUAAAAAAAAUUCUUUACACUUAAAAAUGGCUUUCAUUUGAAAACUUCCCGAAUAAGGGGUCUCGAAAUUGUUAAUUUCUCAAUCAAGACGCAGGGUGGCGCUGCAGGCUAAGUUGUGAAUAAAGAGCUCUAAAAAGCUCGCGUAUUCUUUUGUGUCGCUAGAUCCAAUCAAAAACACACGGAAGAAGUGUCGCAAGCAGUGCAGGGUUACCAACUGUUUGGGGCAGCGAUAUACUAAACAAAUUUAAUAUUAAAAGCAACUUUGUGACGAUUCCUCCAAGCAAAAAAUUAGAAUUGAAUGUCUCAAGUCUUUUUGUGGUUGCUGAAGGGAUUUGAUAUAAGGACCUGGACUGCAACAUGAAGAAGCUAGAGAGAGUUCAUCCAAACAGGCAAGUGUUGGCCUUUAUUUUGGUGGUGUUCGUGUCUCGGGUCCGCCCCGAGCCUAUUCGUUAUUCUGUGUUGGAGGAAACAGAGAGCGGCUCCUUUGUAGCCCAUCUGACCAAGGAUCUGGGCCUGGGAACUGGGGAACUGGCUGCCAGGUCAGCCAGGGUGGUGUCUGACGAUGACAAGCAGCGUUUGCAGCUGGAUGGUCAGACUGGAGAUUUGCUUCUGAGGGAGAAACUAGAUCGGGAAGAGCUCUGUGGUCAUAUUGAACCGUGUGUACUGCAUUUCCAAGUGUUCCUGGAAAUGCCGGUGCAAUUUUUUCAAGGAGAACUAAUGAUCCAGGACAUAAAUGACCACUCUCCAGUAUUCCCUGCAAGGGAAGUGCUCUUGAAAAUACCGGAAAAUAGCCAGACGGGGACUCUAUUUCCGUUGUUAAUAGCGGAGGAUUUGGAUGUGGGCAGCAACGGUCUCCAACAAUACACAAUCAGCUCCAAUUCUCAUUUUCACAUUCUCACUCGAAAUCAUAGUGAGGGCAAGAAAUACCCAGAUUUGGUGCAGGACAAACCACUGGAUCGAGAGGAGCAGCCUGAGUUCAGCUUAACCCUCGUGGCGCUGGAUGGUGGGUCUCCACCUAGGUCUGGCACGGUCAUGGUUCGAAUCCUGAUCAUAGACGUCAAUGACAAUGCUCCUGAGUUUGUGCACACCCCAUAUCGGGUGCAGGUCCUGGAAAACAGCCCCCUAGACUCUCCAAUUCUUAGGGUCUUAGCUAGAGAUGCAGAUGCUGGAAACUUCGGGAGUGUUUCUUAUGACUUAUUCCAAGCAUCAGAUGAAAUUAAACAAACUUUCUCAAUAAAUGAAGUCACGGGAGACAUACUACUGAAGAAAAAAUUGGAUUUCGAAAAAAUUAAAUCUUACCAUGUAGAAAUUGAGGCCACAGAUGGAGGAGGCCUUUCUGGGAAAGGCACUGUAGUCAUAGAGGUGAUGGAUGUGAAUGACAAUCCCCCAGAACUUAUCAUAUCUUCACUCACCAGCUCCAUCCCAGAAAAUGCUCCUGAGACGGUAGUCUCUAUCUUUCGAAUUCGAGAUAGAGAUUCUGGAGACAAUGGCAAGAUGAUUUGCUCUAUUCCAGAUAAUCUACCGUUUAUUCUAAAACCGACUUUGAAGAAUUUUUACACCCUGGUAACAGAGAGACCACUGGACAGAGAGACCAGAGACGGGUACAACAUUACCAUUACCGUAACUGAUUUGGGGACACCCAAGCUGAAAACCCAGCAGAGCUUAAGCGUGCUGGUCUCCGACGUCAACGACAACGCCCCCGCCUUCACACAAACCGCCUACACCCUCUUCGUCCGCGAGAACAACAGCCCCGCCCUGCACAUCGGCAGCGUCAGCGCCACAGACAGAGAUUCUGGAGCCAACGCCCAGGUCACCUACUCGCUGCUGCCGCCCCAGGACACGCAACUGCCCCUCGCCUCCCUGGUCUCCAUCAACGCGGACAACGGACACCUGUUCGCCCUCCGGUCGCUGGACUACGAGGCCCUGCAGGCGUUCGAGUUCCGCGUGGGCGCCACAGACCGCGGCUCCCCGGCGCUGAGCAGCGAGGCGCUGGUGCGCGUGCUGGUGCUGGACGCCAACGACAACUCGCCCUUCGUGCUGUACCCGCUGCAGAACGGCUCCGCGCCCUGCACCGAGCUGGUGCCCCGGGCGGCCGAGCCGGGCUACCUGGUGACCAAGGUGGUGGCGGUGGACGGCGACUCGGGCCAGAACGCCUGGCUGUCGUUCCAGCUGCUCAAGGCCACGGAGCCCGGGCUGUUCGGCGUGUGGGCGCACAAUGGCGAGGUGCGCACCGCCAGGCUGCUGAGCGAGCGCGACGCGGCCAAGCACAGGCUGCUGGUGCUGGUCAAGGACAAUGGCGAGCCUCCGCGCUCGGCCACCGCCACGCUGCACGUGCUCCUGGUGGACGGCUUCUCCCAGCCCUACCUGCCGCUCCCGGAGGCGGCCCCGGCCCAGGCCCAGGCCGACUCGCUCACCGUCUACCUGGUGGUGGCGUUGGCCUCGGUGUCGUCGCUCUUCCUGUUCUCGGUGCUCCUGUUCGUGGCGGUGCGGCUGUGCAGGAGGAGCAGGGCGGCCUCGGUGGGUCGCUGCUCGGUGCCCGAGGGCCCGUUUCCAGGGCAUCUGGUGGACGUGAGCGGCACCGGGACCCUGUCCCAGAGCUACCAGUACGAGGUGUGCCUGACGGGAGACUCUGGGACUGAAUUGCUCCUGGAUGAUUUUCCCCCUUCUUGAAGGAGAACUACCCAUGCUAGAUUUCCAAGCUGCUGUGAGUACUCCGAAUUCAAACGGACUGCUGAGCCUAUGGUCACAGGUGACUGAGACAUCAGAGGAACACUUCCAGAUGUCACCCACACUUAUGAGAUAGAUAAACUGAUAUUACACAUGAAAAAAUCUGCUUGGAACUGACUGCCUCAGGCAGUCCCUACAAAUCUAAGGACUGACCUGCAUUAUUUGGACUGCACUGAGAAUCGUGGAGCAGGAGGGCCCACAGUGGAAGGUUACUUUAGAGGUUUUCUUAACCUUACUGCCUGACUAAUGUAUGUCCUGCUUGGGGUGUCCUAACAACUACAAACUUUGUUUCCAGGGGUGCUGUGUGUACCCUCUGGGCUUAUAUUUCUUUCAUGGGUACCCUGACUCUCAUGACACUGUCUCAACCCUACAAGGCAUUUGAGUUAACUUUAAUUUACUGGUCAGAGUUGUGCUGUGCCUGAGUUGAUGUCUUGGGCCAGGUUAAAAGAACAAAAACGGUUAAUGCAAAAACUGAAGGAGAAAGACACCUGGCUUUCUAAGAUAGACCUUUAUGAUUGAUUAGAUUUUUUUUGUUUUGUUUUUUUGACACGGAGCUUCACUCUUGCUGCCCAGGCUGGAGUACAAUGGCACAAUCUUGGCUCACUACAACCUCCGCCUCCUGGGUUCAAGUGAUUCUCCUGCCUCAGCCUCCUGAGUAGCUGGGAUUGAAAUUAGCCACCAUGCCUGGCUAAUUUUUUGUAAAUAGAGAUGGGGUUUCAUCAUGUUGAUCAGGCUAGUCUCAAACUUUUGACCUCAGGUGAUCCACUCACCUUGGCUUCCUAAAAUGCUGUAAUUACAGGCAUGAGCCAUUGCACCCAGCCCCUGGAUUUGUUGUAAUUGGCCAGACCUAGAAGCCAUGAAGGACAUAACCGAGGCCAAUACUGUAGGCUGAUCUCACCCUGGGAUGGGGUCCUAUUGAUAAUAAUUUUUGUAAAGAUGCUUUGGACAAUGACCAAGUGGGUGGAAGAAAAGAGUUAACAUAACAGACCUGAGACUACUAGCCUUCGAAAGACCUGCUUACAAGGUAGGCCCUUGGCUUGCAUUUAAGACUUGGAUUUUGAGAGUAUCCACAUCAUCUCAUAACCGAUAAAGGUGGUCUUCUGUGUAUAUACAAACAAUGUGGCUUAUGCUGAACACCUGCUUUUCUUCUGGGAGUCUGGGAUUUUGCUACCUACUAUGUAGGCAGAAGAUAUCCACAUAACCAGUCUCCAGUAAAAACCCUGAAUUCCUAGGUUUAGGCAAGCUUCCCUGGUAGAUAACACUUUACACUUUUUGUUUCAAUUUGAUGCAGGAGGAUUUAAUCAUAACCUGUGUGACUCUAAUGGGAGAGGGUUCUUGGAAGUUUAUACCUAGGUUCCUCCAGACUUUAUCUGAUACGCCUUUUCCCCUUGCUCAGUGUUUGCCUUGUAUCCCUUUGCUGCAAUAUAUCAUAGCCAUGAGUAUGACUACAUGCUGAGUUUUGUUGAGUCUUAGCAAAUUACCAAACCUGGGGUCUCAGGAAUCUCUGAUGUCAAAACUUUUUAUUUAUUCCCUGACAAAUAAGAGAGUAAGAGACAUUAUAAUGGAAACCCUGAAAUUUCCCUUUCCCUAGCCAAGAUAGUAAAUCAUAGGUAAUGCUGUAUCCCAGGAGGAUUUUCAGAGAUUCACACUACCUCCUGAGGUUUAAAGUGUGCAGAGGUGAUAGUCCCCAUCAAAUUCCCAUUUAAUUCAUUUGUUCACUCUCUGCAAAAACUAGACAGAUGGGAGUGAUGACCAUGGACUGCAAUCUACUUACUUAACUGCAACUGCAGCUGUCAUGCCAGAGCAAUAUAACUUUGGCACCUUGGUAGGUGGCUAUUUUUCUGGUGAAUACACUUGUCUUAAACUACACCAGGGAAUAAAAUCAAAAGCAGUUCAUCAUCUUCUCAUACCAAGAAAAAAGAACACAUUCAACUAUCUUGUUCCAAAGCUAUGUUAACUCUCUUGCUUUCUUUCAUAAUGUACUCCACAAAGAUUUCAACAUUGAACAUUCUAUAGAACAUAAUGCUAGGUCACUGCAUAGGUGACAUCAUUCUAAUUGGACCUAAUGAGUAGUAAGUAGCAAGGACCCUAGAUGACCUAGCAUAUCAAAGAGUAAAAGACUAACCCUAUGAAUACUCAAAUGACUGUCAUAUCAGUGAUGAUUCUAGGGGUCUUGGGUAUGCAAAGAAACAUCCUCUGAGAUAAAAUAUAAGUCAUUAUCAUUUGUAUUUCUUACCAUUAAGAAAGAGACACAGUCUUUUUUGAUUUUAGAGAUAACAUAUACCACAUCUGGAACUCAAAACGUUAUCAGGUUUGAGAGCGUUCUGGAGUAAGAGGUCCAGGCUAUGAUACCAGCCAUCUGACACAAUCCAGCCACUCUGAUGUUGCUAGUAAUGCCCAUGAUGGAUAACGAUGCUGUGUGGAGUUUGUGAUUGGCACAAUAGGAAAGCUAAAGUGCAGAUCUUUUAAUGAUAUAAAUGGUAUAGACCCAUGCCUUCUACAGUAGGUAAUUUUUCAGUGCUUAUAAAUAGAUACUAUCAUGCUCCUGAACCCUAGUAGAGACUGAAUAGAUGACAAUGGGACACUGUGUUAGGUUGUUCUUGUAUUGCUAGAAAUAGAAAUAAAAGAAAUACCUGUGACUGGGUAAUUUAUAAAGAA